AACCCGCCCGCCUUCUGGAGGGCAGGAGAAACAAGAUGGCAGAUCAACAAGACAAAACGGACUUGUCUUAGUUAACCAACUUUCCCCACUGUUGAUUUUUCUACACAUUUCAAAUAUACAAUUAGCUAGCCAAAGCAAUCUAGAGCAAACGCCUCUUAUGGUUGAUAUAUCAGCUACUUUAGCGAGAUUUCACAGGUUAGCUGAUUGCGAACUGCCGUUAGACUGCUAGCUAAGCUAAGCUAAGCUAGCUUGUUUCUGUCUGGUCGGAAGCGGGGGUGAGACUGCUAGCUAAGCUAGGCUAGGCUAGCUUGUUUCUGUCUGGUCGGAAGCGGGGGUGAGACUGCCAUCAUGCAGGACCUGAUAGCCACCGUGGACCACAUCAAGUUUGAUCUAGAGAUAGCUGUGGAGCAGCAGCUGGGGGCUCAGCCUCUCCCUUUCCCCGGGAUGGACAAGUCCGGGGCUGCUGUGUGUGAGUUCUUCAUGAGAGCGGCCUGUCUCAAAGGUGGGAUGUGUCCUUUCCGUCACAUCAGUGGGGAGAAGACAGUGGUGUGUAAACACUGGCUCAGAGGACUCUGUAAGAAGGGAGAUCAGUGUGAGUUUCUACACGAGUACGACAUGACCAAGAUGCCCGAGUGUUACUUCUACUCCAAGUUCGGAGAGUGCAGUAACAAGGAGUGUCCGUUCCUCCACAUCGACCCAGAGUCUAAGAUCAAAGACUGCCCCUGGUAUGACAGAGGCUUCUGCAAACAUGGUCCAGACUGCAGACACCGCCACACCAGAAGAGUGAUCUGUAUGAACUACUUGGUCGGGUUCUGUCCAGAGGGCCGGUCCUGUAAAUUCAUGCACCCGCGGUUUGAACUGCCAAUGGGAGCCACCGAACAGCCUCCUCUACCAGCACAGAUACUGGGACACCAGAAGCCGUUGCCUUCGCUCGGCCGCUCGUCCCUGUCACUCAUCCAGCUGACCAAUCCCGGUGGAGGGGCGGGCCCUCACCAGCAUCAACACCAUCAACGCCAGCCGUACUCCUCCGGUCCCAGCAUGCAUCAGCACCACAACAACAUGGGAGGAGGGAACAGGGGGCCGCGCCCACUAGACCAGGUCACCUGCUACAAGUGUGGUGAGAAGGGCCACUACGCCAACAAAUGCACCAAAGGACACCUGGCCUUCCUCAGCGGACAGUAACGUUCUCACAGCCCCGUGGUUCCCGUGGUUGGACUCAUUUCAGCUGGAAGACAACGAGAGCAGAGCCACAAACAAAAAAAACACAACAACAACAACAACCCUUCUGUAGUUUGAGAUGAUGUUAAGUCCUCAGGAACCCUCCGUCUCUAGAUCCGUCAGACUGGAGGACGAGAGAGAGAGAGAGAGAGAUGAAGCGUCUACGGUCUCCCAGGAAACGAGCUGAUUGUUUCCGACUGCGUCCUCUCUGUGUGUUUGUACUGCUGCUGUUUCUGAUGUCCGCUUUGAUCGAAUCUUUCGGUUGGUCCUAAACCCCCCCCUCCUUUUUAACCUCUCAGACACUUUUUGUGACCCAGCUGGGAUUGGUAAUUCUGUCCGGUUGCUUAAAGGGGUGGGUGGGGUGGGGGGGGGAAGAGGAAGUGGUGUAACCUAGCCAACCAAGCUUGGAUGUUGGUAAUCCAGGGAAUCAAACGUUGCCGAAACGCUUCGACCCAGGUUUUUUGAUCCCAAAAAAAAUAUCGAAUCUCAAGACUUUUUUUUUUUUUGUACGUGAGUGAAGAGACUAGUUAGUUAUAGAUUCUAACCCAAGAUCUGGUUCUGUCGUUCAUCCUGAAUACUCCCGUUUUACCGGCUUCGGAGUCAACCUUCAAUGACUUGAAAUGGAACUGUUGAGCUGUGAUGUCGCUGUGUUGGAUCCUCUCACCGCUUUUUUUUCCUCCCCCAGAGGAGGAGGAGGUGUUGGGGAGAUUUGGUGUGUCAUAUCUCUGUGUUGCCUUUUUGUAGAUUAUACACAAUUUCAGUGUGUUCUAGUCUGUAAAAAUACAAUAAACCUGUUCCUCCUGG